UAUAAAAUUGAAUAACACAAACCUCUCUUUCCCUCUCCUUAAUCGAUUUUCGUCUCUAUCUGUGAAUACAAAACCCUCUCUCUCUCUCUCUCUCUCUCUCUCUCAUUGAAACAAUUCCCUCUGAACCUUUGAAAAAGCGAAAACAAAAAAAAAUCAGUUCUUUAAGCCUCUGCAACGUGCCUGAAACGGCAGCGUUUCACCAUUGCCAUCUCGACGCGUGAAAAUAAUCAAAAUACCAUUCACCUUCUCUCUUAUCUUCUUCAAACCCGUGUUUCAGCUUCAUCUCUCGUUUUGACUUUCUGGGCUUUUUGUUUUGUUUUUAUUCUUCAACGAAGAACUGAGUAUUCAGCGCUUCUUAUGGAAUAUGAAGUUUGCGACAGUAGCGGUACUGAUGAUGAUCUUCCUCCACAUCAGAAUAGAGCUACAAGAGGUAGCCGCGUUACAGUAAAUGGACGAUCUGCUGUAGGUUCUGCUCCAUUCUCUAGGAUGCAUACUGACAUGGAAAAGCAAAUUCAUCAACUUGAGCAAGAGGCUUAUUUUGCUGUUUUACGGGCUUUUAAAGCUCAGUCUGAUGCCAUUACUUGGGAAAAGGAAGGUUUAAUAACGGAACUUAGGAAAGAGCUCAGAGUGUCAGAUGAUGAACACAGAGAGCUUCUGACCAAGGUCACUGGCGAUGACAUUAUCAAACGGAUAAGGGAUUGGAGACAGGCAGGUGAACACCAACCUGCUAGGCUUGCCACAUCUCAGCCUUCGCAUGAUCUGUUGCCCAGCCCUAGUGUCUCUGCAUCCCGCAAGAGGCAGAAGAUGUCUCAAUCGCAGGGUCAGCAGUUGCACAGUUUACCCAUGAUGAAUCCAAUACAGUACCCUUCUACUGGCGCUGCUGGAAAUAGAUCAUUUAUAAAUCACAGUUCUUCUGGUGCCAUUUCUGCAAGUGAGCCUGUUGAAGGAGCAAAUUCUUUGGUCGGAAGGAAAGUAUGGACAAGAUGGCCUGAAGACAACAACUUCUAUGAGGCUGUCAUUACUGAUUAUAAUCCGGUAGAGGGCCGACAUGCUUUGGUGUAUGAUAUUCAUACAACAAAUGAGACUUGGGAAUGGGUUAAUCUGAAAGAGAUUCCUCAUGAAGAUAUCCGGUGGGAUGGUACGGACCCUGUUGUAUCAUAUCAAGGGGUUCAUGGUGGGCAAGGCCGAGCAGUUAAAAAACCUCCUAGCCUUGUUGGCCAUACUGCAGGUGCUGGAAGGGGGAGAGGAUCCACAAAGGUCUCAGGUCUGGGUCCAGGGCAGGUUCAAAUUUCAAAAGAAUUUAUGUCAUCACAGAAUAGGAUUGAAAAGACCGAUUCUGAUGAUAUUGAAUUACUUAACACAGAGACACUUGUACAGGAGGUGGAGAAGAUUUUCGAAGCAACUCAUCCAGAUCCUCUGGAGCUUGAUAAGGCAAAGAAAAUGCUGAAAGAACAUGAGAAGGCCCUGAUUGAAGCAAUCUCAAGGCUAGCAGAUGCUUCUGAUGGUGGAAGUGAUGAGGAACAACCAUUUUCACAAGGACAGCUAAUGGAACAUGAAUGACUGGAGAAACUGAUGCAGUGAACGCACAGUCAGGACACCAACUUCAACCUAGGGCAAUCAAAGAAAGUUCUAUGGUUUUGUGGUUGAUAACUGAAUGACUGGAAGGUCAAGUUGCAUCAGAUAAACAAAAAGAUGGGAAGAUAUCACCAAUUUUGCCUUGUAAAAAAAAAAUUGUUGGAUUUUUGCCUCUUUGCAGGGACAAGAAAAAUGGCUUAUGUAACAAUGGAGUGCCCUAACUUAUGAUGCACAAUCAUUUGGAGCAAAUCUCAUUCCUUACCUUCAUCCUUUGGGAUGUUGGUGUCGCUUGAGAACCGUGAUUAUAAUGUAAAAUCAUUUAUAGUAGCAUCGACCAGUGUAGAGAUUGAUUUUUUCAAUUAACUUUCUCUGCUUCUGUA